GAUAAAAAUAUUGGAGUAUUUUAUUUAAAAAGUUUAUGGAUCAAUAAUGUGAAGAAGUUUUUAGUAUUUUUUAAAAAUUAAAUUAUGUCAAAUAAAGCUGAUGACCCGGAAUAUGUUUUGGUUGUUUUAAAUUCUCUGGGUUUUAUUAAUGUCACUGCGGAAAUGUUAAAAAUGUUUAUGAAACAAUUAAAGAUGCAUCGUAAAUUAAAAAAAAAUAAUCAUGAUAAAUGGAAAGAAAAAAUGAAAAAAAAAAUAAUUUCGAAAAAUCGAAUAGAUUUAGAAAAAUUUUUAAAUAAAAUUACACGUGAUGAUCAGAAUUAUUUACCAGAGUCUGGUAACGUCAAUGAAAUUAAAACUGCAAGUGAUAAAAAAUAUUCUGUACCUUUUAAAACAGAACGUCAUCAUGAAAUUGAAGUAAAUAAAAAAAAAAGUAUUGAUAAUAAUAAUAAUAAUGAUAAGUCGAGUUCAUUUAUUGAGAAAACUAUAAAGCAAAUCCACCAAGAAGAUACAGAAAAAAAAAUUUUCGAAAUUAGUAGAAAAUAUACAAGAAUUACAAUCGACCAUAAAAUUCCUGAUGAUUCGCGUAAAGAAAUUUCAAGCUCUUCUAGAAAACUUCCAUAUGAAAAAUCGGCAGAUCAAAGUAACAAAAUAUUUCCAGUUGACAAAAAUAUUUCUGUAAGUAAUAAAACACAACAAAAUAUGAAUUUGAAUUUUGAAAGUGACGGAGACACUUCUGAUUCUUAUAAGCAACUUCCUGUAGCGAACAAAAAAACCAGUGUAAAAAAUAAAUUUAAACCAUCUGAUGAAAAUGAAAUUCUUUCGAUCGAAAAUUUAUAUCAUGAUAAUUCUGUCAAAAGUAAUUCAGAUCUUUUAAAUUCUUAUCAGCAACUUCCUACAGCAAUAAACACAACAGCUGUAAAAAAUAAAUUUAAUGCGCCUGAUAAAAAAGAAAUUCACAAAAUAGAAAAAACGAAUCACGAAAAUUUUAAUGAAAACAAUUUAGAUCUUUCAGAUUCUUACAAACAAUUGCCUGAAAUAAAACCAAGAGACCAACAAACAAACAAAUCUGUUCCAUCUCAACAGAUUCAAAGUCAACGGAAUAAUGCCGAAAGACAAUCUAAUGAUAAUGAAAAUUUAAUCGACAGCAACUUAAAUUAUUCAGACUUCUAUGGUAAUUUAUCUAAAUCAAACUUCAAAAGUAGUUCUCUAGAAAGAGUUAGUCUGAACAAAACUCCUCCAGAACAAUAUACUCUAAGAGAUAUAAGAGAACGCAGCCAUUUGUCAAGUAGUUCAGACAGUGACACUGAAACUGAUUCGUCUUAUCAACAGUUUACACGAGCGACAGUGAAAAAAACUUCAAUGACAAAUGAUAAAGCAGCUGGUGAAAAAAGUCAUAGACCGUUAAUAUCUCGUGGAUUCAACGAAGUCAGUAAUUUACGGUACGGCGAUGCCAGUACCAGUGAAUCCAAUGAUUCGUACCAACAAAUACCAGAUCCGUCUAAUAGACAACCUAAUAAAGGAAAUUUGAUAAAUAAAUCACAAAGUUCCGCACACAGUGCCCCUGAUUUUAAAGAACGGAGUGUACUAAAUUUCAAUAGUGACAGUAAAUCAUCUUCCGAACCGCUUUCUCAGUCGAAUGCAAACAAGAGAAAGGAAGAAAACACAAAAAUUUAUAGAAAACCAACUCGCUCUGAACAAUUGAAGCGAAACGACAUCAAAGAACACAGUGUACUGGAAUACUGA